GAAAAUCAGACACUGUUUCCGGUGUCGCCACCUUCUUUGUCUCCGGCCCAACAUUUCGACACCAGGGGUUGCCUAUUUUUCCCCUUUAGUUUUGAGGAUAUAUUUACACAUAUAUCCUUAGUUUUCUGAUAUUGAAUGACAGUCGACUCUGAAAUAUUUAUGCCUAAAAGUAAAGCACCAAAAAUGGAUGAACUGGACUACAUCCCAGUAGACCUGAGCCCAGAGGAGCGCUCUGAGCUGGAGGACAUCCGCAGGAGGAAGGGCGUCCUGCUGCAGGAGAUCCAGAGGCUCAGAGAGGAAUUAAGAGAGGCAAUUUUGGAGGUUGAGGGACUGGAGACCAGCACAGAGGGCAGUAAAACUCUCCAGAAAAGCAGGCACGUGGCGAUGGGAAGGAAGAAAUUCAACAUGGACCCCAAAAAGGGCAUUGUGUUUCUGGUGGAGAACGAGCUGCUCAGACACACUACAGAGGACAUCUCUCAGUUCCUCUACAAAGGAGAGGGUCUCAACAAGACUGCUAUAGGAGACUACCUUGGAGAAAGGGACGACUUCAACCUCAAAGUUCUUCAAGCUUUCGUUGACCUCCAUGAGUUUACUGAUCUCAACCUCGUCCAGGCCCUCAGACAAUUCCUGUGGAGUUUCCGUUUACCUGGUGAAGCUCAGAAGAUUGACAGAAUGAUGGAGGCCUUUGCUCAGAGAUACUGCCACUGCAACCCCGGCGUCUUCCAGAGCACUGACACAUGUUACGUGCUGUCCUUUGCCAUCAUUAUGCUGAACACAAGCCUCCACAACCCAAAUGUGAGGGACAAACCUGGAGUGGACCGUUUCAUCUCGAUGAACCGAGGCAUCAACGAGGGUGGAGACCUGCCGGAGGACCUGCUCAGAAAUCUAUACGAAAGCAUUAAAAAUGAGCCCUUCAAGAUUCCAGAGGACGACGGCAACGACCUGACGCACACCUUCUUCAACCCGGACAGAGAGGGCUGGCUUCUCAAACUUGGGGGACGCGUGAAAACCUGGAAGCGGCGAUGGUUCAUUCUCACAGACAACUGCCUUUAUUACUUUGAAUACACCACAGAUAAGGAACCGCGAGGUAUCAUUCCCUUGGAAAACCUUAGCAUCCGUGAGGUAGAAGACCCAAGAAAACCUAACUGCUUUGAGCUGUACAUCCCCAACAACCGUGGUCAGCUGAUUAAAGCAUGUAAGACGGAAGCUGAUGGGAGAGUGGUGGAAGGAAACCACAACGUUUACCGUAUCUCCGCCCCCACACCUGAGGAGAAGGACGAAUGGAUCCACAGCAUCAAAUCUGCUGUCAGUGUUGAUCCCUUCUACGAAAUGCUCGCUGCCAGGAAGAAACGUAUAUCACUGAAGAAGAAGGAGGAACAACCGUAGAGUAUUCCCAUCAUUCUCUAGCUGUCUUCCUUUGUCCUUCUCAUCCCUCCUUCCAACAUGGGACACAUGUUUUCAUCGCUGCUCCUCACUCCUUGUCCACAAGUUUAGUUGCUCCUCUUUCCCCCUGUCCCCAAACACAUCCUCUCCCCGGUAUGAGGACUCCUUGCUAUCCUGUCUCCCAGACUUUUGAAAAGCCUUUUUCAGAGUGAUGCGCUCCCCCGCCGUGGCUGCCUCUUGUUUCUUAUACUACUGCUGUUAUACACAACCUGACACACUACAGCCAGAGCACACCGUCUGUCGUCUUCUCACCACAUUCCUCUCUUGUUCGGCAUUAAGUGAACUGUGAAACGUGGCUAAGACCAUAUCCACACUAAUGUUGGUGAUUUAAAAAAACUAAUCCAGUUCCAGUUUUGGCAUUUUAUCUAUAUUUUGCCAACUUCUCAAAACUGUUCACCAAAUGUGGACAAACGCAGGAGAAAUGGAGGAUUUAAAAAGGCUGUUAUUGUCAUGAUCUCGGGCAUCUUAAUUAAUUUUGGAAAAUAUUCUUCUUUCCUACUUCCUCAUUAUUGCUCCGCAUUUAAUAUUUCUCUAUAUGUACGCCAGCCUUUUAGACUACUCUGAAAAUGUUGGUGUGGACUGAAGUCUUCCAUCUUUCUUAAAUCUAUCUGCGUUAGUGUGAAUAUGGUCUUAUUCAGGGCAGCAAGCAGCUUCAGUUCUCGUGGAGUCGUCUUUCACAUUUAUUGAUGCUGCCUCAAUGAGAAAUUGCCUUCCUUGAUUGUGCUUACCCCAGAACAAAAUGUGAAUUCACUAUUCAAACACUAACAAAGUUUAUUUUUAGCUAAAGGACCAGUGUGUAGGAUUUAGACGGAUCUGUUGGCGGAAGUAGAAUAUAAUAUUCACUAGUGUAUGAUCAUCUCUCGUCUCAGGUUCAUUGUGCUUUCGUUCGUUUAGGAUGAGCCCUUCAUAUCUACACGAGGAGCAGGUCUGCUGGCUCUAGAGAGGGCUUUUCUCAUUCUUACGUUGAAAUGGUAGCUUGUAUUUUGAGGCGCACUGAAGGAAGAAGGGGAAUAUGUGAUAGCUGGUGGUUGCUGGCUAAACAUUUUGUGUUGUGAAAAGUUUGAGAACCCGCAUUUUGACCAAUUGACGAUCAUACUUAGUAUUUAGUAGAAAUAAAAAGCUAAGGAGCCUGAAUCUAGUUGUCAAAGAAGCGAAAACAGCAUUAAAUCAAACACACUGGACCUUUAACGUUCGUCAGAGGAAUCAGUUGAAGUCAACGCAGCAAAUGAUUUCAGACUACUGAGAUGUGCCCCUUGCUUCCUAUACUACUGUUAAUGGCUGUGACACAUUACUACUGUCAGAUACUGUAACCAUUAUUUGAGGAAAAUGUCACUGUUCAUUACUGUUUGCCAAUUUACUGUCUGAUCUUUAAUUACGAGGCAGAAGGGUUUGCUUUACUUGCAGUAUUAACGGAGACAGCAAUUUCUCUCCUUCCAGAUAGCUUCUUGUUUCAGCUCACUGAGACGAUCUCUUUGUUCUUCAGCAUGUUUCUUUACAUGCUUGAGCAAUAGCUGUAGGCUUGUUUACAAAUCCUGUACAACACUAUACUGAGUAACGAGCACAUUCUCGCAUGCCACAAAUCAUUUUGUUCUUGCUCACCACCACAAGAUGAACAUCGACAUCUCUCUCACAACAAGUAAUAACUCUAAGACAUUCAACUGUUAGAGCCUGGUCUGUCCGCUAUAGUGAGUUUCAAGAAAUCACAAAGGCAGCUCAUUACAAUGUAUACUUUUUGUAAAUAGAUGUUAGCAUAUUUGUUUACGAUACACAUAGAAAUGAUUUUAAUUUAUUCUUUAUCUUUUGUUAAAAUCUGAUUUUUGUACGAGCUACUGUAGGACUGCAUGUUGAUAAACUGCGGCGUCGGUUGUAGGUACUGAUGCAUCUGUGUGCACUGAUUUGAAAAGUGUUAGUGUUCCCUGUUGAUAUAGAAAGAUUGCAUUUAAUAUGGAAGUUGAUUUAUGCAUAGAGUAAAUUGUCUUAAUCUUAGUUAUUUUGAAAAAUAAGAUAUUUAGGAGAUGUUUAGAAGUCUGACUUAUCUCUUUUGGAGUAAACUAGACUAUAAAGCACAAGCAGCAAAGUCUCACACUGUAAAACUAACAUCACGUUUGAUUCAAUGGCUGCCCAGUGUCCACUUGAAGUGUAAGUAAGCUAUUCACAAACUGAAAUAGAUUUUUUUCAUCAUACCACGGUGAUGGAAAUGAAGAGACAACAAAACAAGGAACACUAACAAAGCUUUGAUUCAUUAUAUAAUAGUACAAAUAUUCAGAUGUAAUGAAUCAGUAACAAGUUUAGAUUUGUGUCCAGUGAUAGACAUUUGCUUGACAUCCAGUUCAUAAACAUAUUACUAGUAGUUUAUUGAAUUGGCAUUUUUUAGAUGGUAGUGAAAAUAAUUGUCUACUGCACUUUAUCAAUUUUAGCAUUUUGGAGAAAAUGCUGUUACUUUGACUGACAAUACUCCAAUACUCUGUAGCACCCUCUACUGGUGAUCUCACACUGCAAUAUGCUGAAGGAUGAACCAUGAACUGUACAAAUGAUCAUGUUUGAAGCUGAAUGGAGUUUUAUCUCUGUGAUCAGAACAGACACAGCAAGUGAUUGGUCCUUCAAAUAACAGAUUUAGGAUUGCCUUUUACUCUCCUACUUUAUCAAACUGACAAAGGCCUAACUUCAUACCUCCAUGUUGGUGCGUCUACACAACACAUGGACUGUAGGCCUUCCCUUUCUGGGUAUUCUUGAAGUGCAAAGUUGCCAAAAACAAAACAGUUGGGACAACAAAUGUUUCCAAUAAAACAAAAAUAAUGAACACUGAAAUGAUCAGACUGAAACUGGGCCUCUGUUUCUGAUUCCACUUCUUUCAGAAAAUGUGUUUAUUUUGUAUUUAUUUAUUUUUAUUUACUGUUAAGGUGACGAUGGAUUGAUCAUCUGUAAAUGUAGCAAAAGCAACACCACGAUACAUUGGUGCCAGUAAACUACUGUGUAAAAAUAAAAGGUAAACCGAGA